GUAUGUUGAUCGUUGGGUGUGUGCGUGUUCGAAAUGCAAAACGAAGCGAAAGGGAAUUGUUUUUUUAGUUUUUCGCGUAUUUUUGACAAUUUAGCAAAUUAAAAAAUGUGUUUCCAUAGAGAAAAUGAUAAAAAAAGAUGCAGUGAAAUAAGUAAACUGUUUUUGCUACAACUGCAGUAAUAGCAAAUAAGAAAAAUAAGUUGGUGAGGUAUAUUGCUGCGUUUAUAGCGCAGUGAAAGGUGCAUCAAGCUUUUGACCCAGUGUACAUAACUAAAAGUAUUAGUACAAAUUCCAAUGUAGUAAUCCAAAAGUAAGACAAAAAAUCUAUACAAAGUUAGCGUAUAGCCGUGAAAAACGUAAAAUUGUGCAAAUUAGUGAACUGCAGCACAAAUUACAGUAAGAGCAAUGGAGUUGAGGGACGGUACAGGGGUUGUAUACGCGGAUACUGAGGCGUUUUACUACGCUUUGCUGCUAACUCUGAAUGUAACUUUGACUGCGAUGGUGCUGUUGGCAGCGUGUCUCUGGUGCAGGCGUCAAGCUACAAAGGAUGAGUUGGGGGGUUUGGAGGGUAUGGUUAAAAUGACUAAUCCCGACGAUGUAAUCGUGGUUAAAGUGCCUGCAAAUAGUGAAUCGCAUACGGAUUUAAACGUUUCGGCAGUUUCGAACACCGAUUCGGAAAAAAGAGCAAGCACUGCAGCUCACAGAAGUCUGCCAGAUAUACCCGUUGGAGAUGCCAAUGGCGAUAAUGGAUCUGAACUAUAUGAAACAGUGGCGGACAAACGUAUUCUCGAUGAAGGCAAUAAUGGCAAUAAAAGUCCCACUCCAAGCCUAAAAAAACAAACUAGUGUCUCUCAGCAUAGUUCCAUCAGUCAAGCAGAUGAUGUUAGUUCGCCUUAUUCUAGAGUACGUAAUCCACCUCAUGAUUACGCCAAAGUACGUAACACGGAACAUCCCUACGCUCAAGUAAAUCCACCGUCGACCUCAGCUGCGGCUGCCGCAGCAGCCGUGGUAGCCGCCGGCAAUAGCAGUAAUGCCAUUUACAACAGCCAACCGCCAGUGCUUAAUGGCACACUUUCGCGCAACUCAAACCAUAGCAACACAUCGCAAAUCGAUUUAGUAUCUCAAGCAGAAAUUCCAGCUGCUUCUGCCAUCGCAGGUAUGAUCUCAGCGAGUCAAGAUCUUCCCUAUAUGACGCCGCCCAUAACAAAUCAACACUUCAGUGGUGAUUCACAGGACUCUUCAAAAGGUUAUACCAGCAUCAGUGUGCGGGAGCCACUUGCAAAUAUACUAGCACAACAGCCGCCGAAGCAAACACAACGCAUAGCUACACUGACUCGCGAUGCAAAUGAUUCGCAUUAUGCCACCGUGUCAGAUGAUUCUGAUGAAACAUAUGCGGCAAUCGAAGAUCCAAACAAUCGCAGCAAUCCAAAUGUUCUCACUGACAUUUACACAAGCGGCUCAGAGACUUAUGCACAAAUUCAGCCUAUGCAAAUAAAUUCCAUGGUGGUGUCGGUAGAAAUUAAUAAUACAAAUAAUAUCAACUCCCAUAUUAACCCCAAUGCAACUCUUACAAACAAUGUGCAGUCUACAGAACACAAUAUACCGAGUGCAACGUCUAUGUCGCAUCACCAUCAACACACUGCACACGGUAGCCACACACAAACGAGGCCUAUUUCUGAACAUACCACUCCUAUACCACCACCUGUCGACAGUCUACGCACACAAAAGCACUCACGACAGCCUUCGUCAUCUUCGAACAACAGUUCUUCGAUUUGCAAUUUAGGUUCCCCGAAGCCAGAAAAGCGACAAGCCAACUCACCGCUACCACCAACGCCCAAAUCGAACAUUACCUCUGGCCGUAGUUCAGUUAUAUCUGUGAUCGAAUGUGGUGGAGGCGCUGGUGAAUUAAAUUUAAGUGGUAUCCUAACAGCAGUUUCGAACACGGUAAUUUCUGCUACAGCCGCAGCUACUAAUACGACUGACAUAUCUCCACAGAAAAAUAAAAGUAAAAGCCUUAGUCCAUCCAAAGAUAUCGAAGGCAUGUAUGCAAAGGUAAUGAAAAAGAACAAAUUAUCCCGCCACUCACCUUCUUCACAAAACAACUCUCCCGUAAUGGCGCGUAAAUAUGCUGAUCACAACGCCGUGUUAGGCGUUAGCCCAUUGGACAUGGCUGCUGCUGAACUAAUGGAAACAAAUCGUACUAGUGUAUUUACCAUUCCAAAUAUGUCUACCGACAAAGGUCGCCUUCGAAGCAAUAGUUAUGGUUCCAAGGAUCAUGGCUAUGAAACAAUACCUGCCGAAGCAAUGCGGCCAUCAGCACUUGAAAAUCGCAAAUCGGACUGCUACAGUAGUUUAUUGCGGAAAGAGCGACCGAAAGAGAUCCUACAAAUACCUAUACCACCAGCAGCAAAUGCAAAACCACCGAUAGACUCAGAUCUAAAUAGUGAUAAGCACUAUGAGACUAUUGCCGUACCGCUUGACACUACAAACAACAGCGAUCCGGGCUAUGAAACCCUCCAAAAGCCAAACAAACUAAAUCAAUCCGAUCCAGAAAACGAGAAGAAAUCAUCUGACUACGAUCCCAACUAUGAAGUACUCGAAGGUCCUAAAUCCACAGGCCUUUCCGACGAUGGCUAUGCGAAAAUCAAUGAAAAUAAAAAAUUGGCCGUUGACGAGGACUCUACGGAUGGAUACAGCAAAGUCAAAGGCGAGGAAGGUGAAGAAGGUUCGACUGGUGGUUAUAGUACUAUCGCCACAGAUGCCAAUCACAAUUAUGCCAGCAUCGCUGAAACAAAACAAGAAAUGAGUGGCGCUACACCCGAUACCGAAGAGUCCGAUCACUAUGCACGUAUCGCCGAAGCACCUCGAAUACCGUUAUCAGCCUCCGAGCUGCCAAUCAGCACCUUGCAUACGCCAACGGGCAAACUGCCACAGAGUGUAAGCAUUGCUUCUGGCGGCACACAAGACACCCUAGCAAUUACUUCGCCUUCGUCAAUUAACUCGUCAUCGUUGUUGACCAACAGUUCAACACUGUCAAUCACCAAUGCGCUGACCGGCAGCAGCAGCACCACCAGCACGAUGAGUUCACGGCAAACGCCUUCGACAUCGUCGCAAUAUGAAUCGCUAACUGGCAGUGAAACCGAUCCCAACUACGAAUCUGUUUGCUAUACAAAUACGGAACGUGAAAAUCCUUACGAGAGGCUACAGACCGAAUACUCUGAAACGCAGCUAAGCAGUAGUAGUCCAAUAACGCCAGAUGGACUACGUCAGCAACAACUACAUCAACAGAAACAUAAUAAUGCGCAUACGCACAAUGCAAUAAUAGAAACAACUGGUGGUAGCACAAGUGCUUCAUCAUCAGUAACGACAGCGACGAACUCUGAUUCAACAGCAGCUACAACGGUGCUGUUAAAAACCACAGCAAAUGGAUUAACGCCAAAAGUGGGACUAGGGGGGUCAGCAACUAAAGUGCAAAAUACCAGUGAACUGAAUACCACGGAUGUGGUAGUCGAUGAUUACUUUCAAGUUUAGUUAAUUAAUUAGUAUGUAAUUGGGCUAAGAGCGCAUUUUUGUGGCAAUUAUUGAAUAUAUAUUUAUUAUUAUCGUAAGUAAAAGCACAUACAUAUAUAUAUGUAUGUAUGCAUUUUUUAUAUACCUACAUUCAUGAAUAUAGGCAGCAAAGCUGAUGUUAAAAUUUAUGUGAAGAGAAGUGUGAAAAGAAUGCAUUGGAUUUGGCGCAGCUCCGCAAACAAAAUCGUAAUUCUCUUACGUUCAUUUGAUUGGAAUUACUAGUGGUGUGUACAUAUCAUUGAGCGUAACGCCAGUGGAACAUGUGUACAUAUUUUUUGCAUGUAAAAUUUAGAAAGACCGCAUUUGAAAGUUUCCGCUAAAAAUAUAUUGGUCUUUAGAGAGAAAUUGGAUAUCUGGAAGUGAUAAAAUUUCUGAAAAUGUUUGCGCAAGGUUUUCAUGGCUAGGCGAUGAGCAAAUUGCUUGCUUUAAUUUAUUUUUUAAGCACAGAAUUGAAAUUCCUCUACAAAAAUUUGAUGUUUAUUUCUUUAAAUGUAGUUCUUCUUUCAUGGUUCUGCUUGAAAUUUUACAAGUUUGAAUUGUUUUUCUCAUUCAAUGGAUAAGGAAAUUCUGUGCAAGCUUUUAUUUGUUGCGUUUUGUAAAACAAAAACUCAUAUGAAAUGGAAAAGACUUAUUGAUUUACAGCUAUUAAACUUAGUUUAGUUUUGUUAAAGUUUAAAGUCAAACCAAAAUUCCAAUCUAGGCAAUCGAAGUUAAAUGUAAAGCUGAUUUAUGUAUAAUAUAUGUGUAAAAAAAAUAUUAACAAGGUUAAUUUGAGAAAUCCAAUAAUUGUUCCCAGGUAAAUCAGAUAAAUAGUAAUCAAUGUGAGAAAUAUUAAUUUUAUGUCAGCUAACAUUCGUUUCGGGAAAAAACUAAAAUUAGAUAGCCAAGAUAUCAGAUGUUUAAAUUUUUUUAAGCCCAUAAUUCAAAGGAAAUCUAUUGUAACUUAAUUCUGGAUAUCUUUAGCAACCUGAAUUCAAUAGCUUUUACUAACACAACUUUACACUCACUUUGAGGUUACGUAAUAUACAUACAUAAGAGGUCAGUACGCUUUGCAUUGCGCAAACAGUUGAUGAAUCGUGAGGCCACGGGGCUUAUUCCUGUAUUCGGGAAUAAACAGGGGAAACUAUCGUUUCUAUGUACUAUAGUAAAAAAAACAUGUUAUAUAUUUCAGAGUGCGGCAAUUUUUCUAUCGCACAUUACGAAGCCUCUUAUAAUAUAUGGAUUUUGUACAAUAGUGCCUUUAAAUAUAUUGCAUACUCCUUUUAAGCCUCUUCGCCAUUUAGAUAAAUAUGUGUAUGUAUCCAAACGUAACAGUUAUUUUUAGAAGAUGGUUUGGUGUCCCACUAUCGGAACAACUCGGCCAACAGUUUCUCCAAAAUUUGUUUGGGGACUGGUUUAUAUUGUUACAACAACAACAAUGUCUGUUUGCUCGAUGCUCGCUUUAGUACCAACAACAUAAAAAUACUGUUAUGAAAUUUUCAUUAGUGAACGAAGGAUAUUCAUUUCCGAUAAUAGGUGAUUAUUAGAAAUACAUACCUGCUUUUUAAAAACUCUUGUUUGUUUGGCCGUCAAGUUUCAACUUCUGUUUAUUAUUGUUGUAUCUAUUUAUAGAGUGAAGAAGGAAAAUAUUAUUUUAUUCGUUCAUACCCUCGCGCUAUCAAAUGCUUGCAUGUUUUUUCGACAAUUUAAGAAAUUUAUAUUUUCAUAUUCCAUUUCGAAGCUUUUUUAAAUUUAAAAAUCUACAUUUUUUUAUAAAAAGGCUGUCAAACUACACUGAUAUAAUUGAUACAACAAUCAGAGUUGCUAUUUCGUCCCCUUAGUAUAACAAUAGCCUAUGUGCUCAUAGGCUAUUAUUUUUUUUAUUGAAUUUUUGGAUUCUCCAUCGUCGAUUUUAUAUGUGGUAAAAAUUUUGUCAAAUUCUAGUUCCACAAAGUGGGUCAAAACGUCAGUCAAAAAAUAAUAAGUAUUUACAGACAUAACGAGAUUUGAGUGAGAGCUACUUUCGACAAAAAGUUUGAAAUUCAUUUUCUCAAAACAUCAAAAAAUUUAUAGGCUAUUUUAAUACUAAGGGGACGAUUUAACGCUAUCGCGACUAGUAACCGUUGUUCGUAAUGCCGCGCACAAGUCAUAAACGUUUGGCUGAAAUUCAUACUAAAUAUUUUUCAAAAUAUACAUAUAUAUAUGAGCUAAUAGGGAAUAUUAUAUAUAUAUAUAUAUAUACUCUGUAGUCAGCAUUAAAAAUUACUCUUUUUUUUUACUAAAAAGUGUAUGACAUAACUUUUCACAAGCAUUCAUGGUUUAAAAAUACUUAUCUCAAGACUAAAACAAAAACAACAGUCAGUAACCGCUAUAAUGUUCAAUAGUCACUUAUUUUGCCUAGUAGUCUUUGGUAUUGAAUUGACUUUACCGUUUUAGCAUUGAAACCUCAUUCUUGUUAAAAAAAAACCCUAAAUUAUUUGAGCAUCCAUGCAUGUAUACAAAGAAAAACUGUUACAACAAAUACUAUUCCAUAGAUAAGCCAAAAAAGAUGCACACAAAAACUAAGUACUUUCAAGGGAAAUACCGUUUAGCUAUACAUAGAAGCUGUUUCUAGUAGUAAGGCCUUGCAAUUCUAAAUUUCGAACGGUGAUUCCGUUCAAUAUAUUAAAUGUAUGUAUGUAUGUAUAUGUAUAUAUAUCAAUGUAUACACCCACACCUAUAAAUUUACAUUCUACAAGAAAGAAAAUACAAUUAUAAAUUAAGUAUUUUUUCGGUUCCACAAAGUAUUAUACAAAAAGCUAAACAAUGCAAACAACAACAAUGUAAAGUAGUUUGAGCAAAAAAAUGACCACGCCAAUCGCCUAGCGACUUUCAAAGUGCAUAAAAAAGAAAAAACCGAAAACAUUAAUUUAAUAGCCUUGCGCUUAUCAAUAUUGUUGAUAAUCAAGGUAAAACAAAAACACAAAAAAGGAGAAAGUGAAUGUUCUAUAUUAAUGCAAUUAUGCAAUAUUUAUUUAAUUUUGUUGUACAUGAAAUAAUUUAAUAUACAUACAUAUAUAGCACAAUUUAUUAUUUUAGUUUGACUUUAUUAAAAAAAUAAAAUUUGUUAGUUUUUUUUUGUAUUUAUAUGUCACAUUGUUUUCAUCUUUUGUGCUUUUGUGCAAAUUAAUGUAUGUACAAUGUUUUAGUUUAAAGUUAAAUUAGUUAAUAAAACAGCAAACUGUAAUGUA